AUGCUGAGCUGCCUGGAGCACAUGUUCCAUGACCUGGGCCUCGUCAGGGACUUCUGCAUCAACCCCAUCACGCUGCGCAGGUGGCUGCUCUGUGUGCAUGACAACUACAGGAACAACCCCUUCCACAACUUUCGGCACUGCUUCUGCGUGGCGCAGAUGAUGUACAGCAUGGUCUGGCUCUGCCGGCUCCAGGAGAAGUUCCCACCGCUGGAUAUCCUGACCCUGCUGACGGCGGCCAUCUGCCACGACCUGGACCACCCGGGCUACAACAACACGUACCAGAUCAACGCCCGCACGGAGCUGGCCGUCCGCUACAACGACAUCUCGCCGCUCGAGAACCACCACUGCGCCGUGGCCUUCCGCAUCCUCGCCCGGCCCGAGUGCAACAUCUUCUGCAACCUGCCGCCCGACGGCUACAGGCAGCUCAGACAGGGCAUGAUCACCUUGAUCCUGGCCACGGACAUGGCGCGGCACGCCGAGAUCGUGGCUGCUUUCAGAGAGAAGCUGGAGGACUUCGACUACAGGAACGAGGAGCACACGACGCUGCUGAAGAUGAUCCUGAUAAAGUGCUGUGACGUCUCGAACGAGGUGCGACCCAUGGAAGCCGCCGAGCCAUGGGUGGACUGCCUGUUGGAGGAGUACUUCAUGCAGAGUGACCGCGAGAAGUCGGAGGGGCUCCCUGUGGCCCCGUUCAUGGACCGAGAGAAAGUGACCAAAGCCACAGCCCAGAUUGGGUUCAUCAAGUUUGUCCUGAUCCCAAUGUUCGAAAUGGUGACCAAGCUGUUCCCCGUGGUGGAGGAGCUCAUGCUGCAGCCACUGCGGGAGUCCAGGGAUCACUACGAGGAGCUGAAGCGGAGAGACGACGCCACGGGCGAGGGACCGGAGAGGACAGAGAAUUUGACAUCUGGGAGCACGGAGCGAUCCACACAGAAGAGCAGGGAUGUGCACAACAGCCAAGCAGACCGCGCCUGAGGACGGCGGGAUCCGGAGGCCGAGGAGCUCGGGGAGCCCCCGGGCCGGGCGGGGGUGGGGCUCUGGGUGCCUCCGCCUACAGCUUCCAGAACCACAGGAACUCACGACGCUGUACAGAACUUUUAUUUUUGAACUGUCUUUUAGAUAAUAUAUUCUUAUACAGAAA